UAAGUUGUCAGCAAAGUAACAUGGGUGGACAUCACGCAGAACCCUACAAGGUACCACAUCCUUCCAUCUACAAGGUGGAGAACGUGCCACAGCUGUUGGAGGUGAAGGAAUCCCUUGCCCGACAGGGAUUGCGUGAUCCAUGGCUGAGGAAUGAAGCCUGGCGUUAUGAAAAGAAGGCAUUCGGCACACAUGCAUCCCGCUUGAACACAUUCAUGUUCCGCGGACUCGGUGUCGGCUUUUGUGCAUUUUUGAUCACAAUUGGAGCGGAAUAUGCGCUGGGCAUUGGUAAGGGUCAGGGUGAUCACGGUCAUGGUCACGGCGAUGGUCACGACGAUAAGGGACAUCAUUAGUGCAAGAGUUAAUCAAUUAAGUGAUUGUUUAGUUCAAUAAAAAUGCAAAUGUGAAUGCGCUUCUCGAUAUUUAAUGAUA